AUGGAUGAAGAAGAUCGUUAUGAAGUACUACUUCCCUGGAAACAGGAUCAUUCACCUUUAGAGGACAACAAGAACUUAGCGGUGAAACGACUUGCAUCUACUACUAAGAGACUUAAGGCACAAGGCUUAUAUGACGCAUAUCAGGAAACACUGGAUAACUGGUUAGCGGAAGGCAUUAUAGAAAAAGUAGCGCAGGAAGAGUUGAGAAGAGAAGCACACUACUUACCACACCGAGGCGUCAUCAAAGAGAAUAGUACCACGAAACUGAGACUGGUAUUUGAUGCAUCAGCAACAAGAGAAAAUUCACCGUCACUCAAUCAUUGUUUAGAAAAAGGUCCCAAUCUAAUAGAAUUAAUCCCGAAUAUCUUAUUACGUUUUAGACGACACGAGAUCGGGAUAACGUCAGAUAUUCGGGGAGCUUUUCUUCAAAUAAGUGUUGCAGCGAUAUAG